AUGGGGCGCAUUCAGACCGCUUCCAAGACUCGCUCGCACAAGAAGUCGUCGAGGGCCGCUAGGGCUAAGCCCGCCCCUUGGGCCCCCCAAGUCUUUCUACUUGACGGUUUCCGCGAGCUAUCGCCUUCUGAAGCAGAGCAGCGUGCACGCAGUCAGCCCGGCGACGACACCGGCCGCUGGUAUACUCCUGUGGAAGAACCCUCUACUCUUAGGCGUCAAGGCAGGCAGCGCUCUUCCAACCCGUACCGGCCUGUUGCACGCAUGCGCGCACCCGACUCUGAUGCUUCGAUACGUCGCCUCACCAUCCAGGCGUCCGCAGACCCUAUUCCAGCUGGGAACAUGCAGGACAUAGAAGAGACAGUGCAGACAAUGAAUCUCGUGGGAGCUCAUUUUCACUUUAAGGGCUUUGGCAACCUGGGGUUGCCGUCGAAUCUUGAGGACGAUCUGUCGCGCAUGAAUAUCGAGAACUUUCCGCACACGUCCGAUCGCUCAUCAUACAACUUCGACGAGAUACCCUCGACUUUCGCCGAAGGCCUCGCGAUGCUCUUUGGUGACACAAGCACGGCCAUAGAUGCACAAACGAGCCCAACUCUCCCCGCUGUACACGACCCGAACCCGACUUCUCGAGGUCUACUCGCAUCGUUUAACUUGGAGGGUCUUCUAAUCCGAGACGAAGCCCUGCCCAUGAAUGGUACUGAUCGCGCGACCGGCAUCUCUGCUGACCCUGCCGCCCCCGCUUCUUCCGACAUGGGCGUCACAGACAUCGGAGGGUCCUCUACGUCUCUGGACGUCGGUGGUGGCUUCGAUGCGUCCGAGCUUGCGACAACUUCGCUGGAACAUGAAGGGCAGCCGCUUACCAACGACGCGUUCUGGGCCAAUCUCGUUAACGACAUCAAUCUGGCCUGGGAUCGACUCCCGUACGGUCCCGAGGACAUAAUUAACAUGGCGCUAGCUCAGGCUGAGCUUGGUGCCAUUGAGUUGGAGGGCGAAAUGCACGAGGUCACCGACGAGGGUCUCUUUUGA